UGUAGGUAAAAUGAAAAGACAUCGAGGUAAAAGACGGCGGAAAGGAAAGCGAGGAUGUUCGAAAUCCGAUCGAGAAGUGUUCAAUACCAAUCUCAUCAGUGAAUUUGCGGCCGAAUAUUACCGAGGAUCACCGAGACCCACUCAGGUGACUUCUAUGUCAUCAGGUCAAAAUAAAUCUUCCCAGAAUGCAACACGGAAGCGUAUUGUAGAAUGGAAGUUUUCACAACUGGACCGCAACAAAGACAACGUGCUGAAAUCCGGCGAGGUGAGGUCUCUAAAACGUUUGGUCAAGAAACUGGUGAAACCCCGACGCUGUGCCAAAAGCUUCAUUGACUACUGUGAUACAGACCAAGACAAGAGAAUUGUCAGCAAAGAGUGGACAUUUUGCUUAGGCCUUAAUCACAGCAUGGGUCAAACCCCAACCCUAGAUGGCACAG